CGUCGAUGUACGAGAGCACUAAAAAGUUAAGAGCAAGAAGAAGGAAUAGAUGGCGGCCUGGCAUGCUGCUCUGCUCCUGCUCCUGCUGCUCUCCGUAUCUGCAGCCGCAGCAGCAGCAAGGACGAUACGGGCUCAGCGUGGCAAGCCCAACACCACAGGCGCCUGCAGCAAGCCGGUAUUAGUGCGUGCCCUUGUGCAGUCCACCUGCAACUCCACCACGUACUACGACGUCUGCGUGUCCGCCCUGGCGGCCGACCCGUCCAGCUCCACCGCCGACGUCCGCGGCCUCUGCGCCAUCGCCGUCUCCGCCGCAGCCGCCAACGCCUCUGCCACUGCGUCUGCAGAGCAGCAGCAGCAGAAGCCGGGCGUGCUCGAGCAACUACUCCUGCGGGCGUGCUCGAGCAAGUACGGCGAGGCGAGGGAGGCGCUUUUGGAGGCACGGGAGUCCAUCGUGGCCGCGGGCCAGGAUUCGGCGGCGGCGGCGGCUUAUUACGACGAGGCGUUCGUGCACGUGAGCGCGGCAGCCGAGUACCCGGCGGUGUGCCGCACGCUCUUCAGGAGGAAGCGAGUGGCGUACCCCGUGGAGCUGGCCAAGAGGGAGCAAGGCCUGGAACGCCUCUGCACCGUCGCCAUCGACAUCAUCACGCUCCUCCUCGCCGCCUAGGCCUAGCUAGCUAAUGGCGACUGCUCAAGGAGCGAGCCAGGAUCCAUAUGUUGUACUUCUUCGAUCUCAUUAGUUCAGUCCAUCCAUCGAUAUGCAUGCAUAUUGUACUAUGAAUCAGCAUCACACCACGUUUCGCUAUGCAAUAUGCACUGCCACAUUACUACGGAUAAAAAUGCACGAGGGCUUAUUGUUAAGCAAUCGUAAUUUGAUUGAUAA